ACUAUAAGUACAGAGAGGACUAAAAGCUCAUCUUCUUGUCGCAAUUCAAAACCAAACAAAGAUAAAGAAAAAUCACUCAUUUUUCUCAGAUUCGUUCAUUUCCCGCAUACAUACUUGGAGACGUUUUUGAGUAGAUAUCGACAAAUCUCAAAUCUCACUGUUUAUAGAUUUCGUCUGGUAAGAAUCUUUGGGUAUUUAUUAAAUUUGGCGAAAAUGGCAUUGGGGAAGAAGAGAAUCGUUGCCCAGAAAUCGAAUUUGAAGCAUCGUCGUGACGUGGAUGAUGGAGGAUUAGGGUUAGAGUUAGAGUUGGUUCAAUAUAAGAGAGGAUUUGGGAGAAAGAGGAUUCUAAUUUCAUCAGGUGAUGAGAAAGAGGAUUCCGAUUUCACUUCAUCGGUCGGAAAAGUCUCGUCCAAGAUGCUCUGCGACAAAAUUUCUGUUGCAGUUGCUCAAAGUCAAGAACUUGAAGAUCUUCCGCUAGAUAUUCUGGUGAGAAUUAUCUGUGGGGUCGAGCAUGAAGACUUGAAACAAUUGUUUCUUGUUUCAAAGACAAUAAGAGAAGCUUCAUUAAUCGCAAAGCAGUCACAUUUCGCGUAUAGUACACCUAGGAAAACUUCGGUUUGCAGAUUCGGUUUGGACAAACCGUUUGGUUUAACCGAUGAUGAGACUGAAGCUCCAGGAGCUCCAUUGCAGAAAAGAUACCGGCCUUCGCAGAUAAACCGCAAAGAGGACGAUUCUGGAGUCUCAGUGGCUCUGUUCAACUAAAUUAAACAACUUGGUUUGAGGCUAAUUACCAUUAGCUCUGUUUCUUCAAGAUCCUUGAUUGAAGAAAAAAGGUUUUUUGUUUUAAGUUAUGUUAUUGAGUUUUGGUUUGGGUAAGUCUCUGUAAAUUUGUUGUUAGAUAAAAAGAAAGAGAUAGGGUUUUUGGAAAGGCUAGCUUGUUUAGAAGGUCACACAAAAAAACUCGUUUGUGGGUUGUAAACUUUUUGUAUGUUUAUAUGUAAUGUAGAAACAGUUUAUUUGUUUUAUAUGAGUAAUAAGAGAUGAAACAUUUCACAAUUU